ACGACAUUAAAGGACAGAAAAUUUCCUGUACUUAUUACUUGUAGAUAUAGAACGAUAUAUACAUUGUUUUCGCGGCAAAACUUAACGGGUCCGAUGCACUUAAUAUGUUCGAAGAAAAUCCUGUAAGAACUAAAUCACUAGAAAGGUUAAAAAAAAUGAUCCCGAAGCCAUUUCGCGUGUUGACCAAAGGCGCUGCUAUAAUUUUUGGAGGAUUUCUGACUCUUAAUCUUGUUGCUACUGUUUCCGUUGGUGCACUUCGCUCUUUAGCUGAAAAGAAACGGAAAAAGCUUGCCUUGCCUUGUGGGGUUUGUAAUGGGAAAGGAUUUUACAUAUGUAAGCUGUGCAACGGAAAUGCUACGAUAAAGUGGUCACCUUUGUACGAUCCUAUUCAUAUUAACCCUUGUGUUUGCCCUACUUGUGAUGGUAACAGGGUGCAGCGUUGCCUAAACUGUCUUGGUAAAGGUUAUAGUUGACUGCUUGACUUAUAGGAAAGUGGGUAGGUGCUGGGAACUCCAAAAUUUUUCCUUGAAAUUUCUAGAUUGCUUUCUUGAUGGCAUAAGUUAUAAUUUGAUCAAUAGCUCCUUCAAAUGGAGUAAUUCCCUCAGUGAAUUUGUUGUAAGAGGAAUUUCACUCCAUAAUUAGGAAGCAAUCUAUAUAGAAUUUACCCAUGGAGCUAAGGAGAUUUCUGCUAGUAUAUGAUGACAAGAAAAGUAGCAAUCUCUUCUCAAAUUGGGUUCUCAAAAGUAAAGAAAUUACACAUUGCACUUGGCAUAGGUGCAACUUGACCAGUCUAUUGUAUUUACUCUACAUGUCCAUGGCUUCAUUAAAGUUCAAGUGGUAAUAAUGUAAUUUUGGGUAAAGCUUUUUGAUUGUGGAUUUGUGCCGUGGAGCUUGAUUUUAUUUAGAACACAAAAAAAAAAAAAAA